AGGGCACCGAGCCGCCGGCGGCCAUGGCCACGCUGCCGAGCGCCGAGCGCCGCGCCUUCGCGCUCAAGAUCAACAGGUAUUCUUCAGCAGAAAUAAGGAAACAGUUUACCCUUCCACCAAACCUUGGCCAGUACCAUCGACAGAGCAUAAGCACCUCUGGCUUCCCUUCUCUUCAACUACCUCCGUUUUAUGACCCCGUGGAGCCAGUGGACUUUGAAGGACUUCUCAUGACACACCUCAACAGCCUGGAUGCAGACCUGGCCCAGGAGCUGGGAGACCUCACUGAUGACGACUUGGACGUGGUGUUCACGCCAAAGGAAUGCAGGACGUUGCAGCCGUCUUUGCCGGAGGAAGGGGUUGACCUGGACCCUCAUGUCAGGGACUGUGUCCAGACUUACAUUCGGGAGUGGCUCAUCGUGAACCGGAAAAACCAAGGAAGUUCAGAAAUUUGCGGCUUUAAGAAGACUGGAUCCCGAAAAGAUUUUCACAAAACCCUUCAGAAGCAGACUUUUGAGUCCGAAACCUUGGAGAGUGCUGAACCUACUGCUCAGGCAGCCCCCCGCCACCUAAACGUGCUGUGUGAUGUGUCUGGAAAAGGCCCCCUCGCUUCCUGUGACUUCGACCUCCGCAGCCUGCAGCCUGACGCGCGGCUGGAGAACCUCUUGCAACAUGUGAGCUCCGAGGACUUCGAGAAGCAGAACGAGGAGGCCCGGAGGACCAAUCGGCAGGCCGAGCUCUUUGCCCUCUACCCAUCGGUGGAUGAGGAGGAUGCUGUGGAAAUACGUCCAGUACCAGAAUGUCCUAAAGAACAUAUGGGCAACAGAAUACUGGUCAAGGUGCUGACUCUGAAAUUUGAAAUUGAAAUUGAGCCCCUGUUUGCCAGCAUCGCCCUCUAUGAUGUUAAAGAAAGGAAAAAGAUCUCUGAAAAUUUUCACUGUGACCUGAACUCCGACCAGUUCCGAGGGUUCCUGCGAGCCCACACGCCCUCUGUCGCCCCAUCCAGUCAGGCGAGGGCUGCCGUCUUCUCAGUCACCUGCCCAUCCUCUGACGUCUACCUGGUGGUCAAGAUUGAAAAAGUCCUUCAGCAAGGAGAGAUUGGAGAAUGUGCAGAACCCUACAUGGUUAUCAAAGAAAGUGAUGGUGGAAAGAGUAAAGAAAAGAUUGAAAAGCUAAAACUUCAAGCUGAAUCUUUCUGCCAGCGCUUGGGGAAAUACCGGAUGCCCUUCGCCUGGGCUCCCAUCAGCUUAGCAAGCUUCUUCAAUGUCUCCACCCUCGACAGAGAGGCAGCUGAUGUGGAGCCUGUGGUUGGAAGAAGCUCUGUGGGUGAGCGGAGGACUUUGUCCCAAACUAGAAGACUUUCCGAAAGAGCCCUCUCCUUGGAGGAAAAUGGGGUUGGAGCCAACUUCAAAACCACCACCAUGACUGUGAACAACUUUUUCAAGCAGGAGGGAGAUCGUCUCAGUGACGAAGACUUAUUCAAGUUUUUAGCAGACUACAAAAGAUCCUCAUCCUUACAGAGAAGAGUCAAGUCCAUCCCAGGCUUGCUCAGACUGGAGAUAUCCCCAGCUCCAGAGACUAUCAGCUGCUGCCUGACUCCCGAGAUGUUGCCCGUGAAACCCUUCCCUGAAAACCGGACACGCCCACACAAAGAGAUUUUGGAAUUUCCAAUCCGAGAAGUAUAUGUCCCUCAUACUGUGUACAGAAAUCUCCUCUAUGUCUACCCCCAGAGACUGAACUUUGCUAACAAACUGGCGUCUGCCCGCAACAUUACGAUAAAGAUCCAGUUCAUGUGUGGAGAAGAUGCCAGCAGCGCUAUGCCGGUCAUCUUUGGAAAAUCCACUGGGCCUGAAUUUCUGCAGGAAGUGUACACAGCCAUUACAUACCAUAAUAAGUCCCCUGACUUUUAUGAAGAAGUAAAAAUUAAACUUCCAGCUAAGCUGACAAUACAUCACCACCUCCUGUUCACCUUCUAUCAUAUCAGCUGUCAGCAGAAGCAAGGAGCUGCAGUGGAAACUCUCCUGGGAUACUCCUGGCUGCCAAUUCUCUUAAAUGAGCGUCUUCAAACUGGAUCCUACUGUCUCCCAGUUGCCUUGGAAAAGCUGCCACCCAACUACUCCAUGCAUUCUGCUGAGAAAGUUCCUUUACAGAAUCCUCCCAUCAAGUGGUCUGAAGGACAUAAGGGAGUGUUUAAUAUUGAAGUGCAAGCUGUUUCUUCCGUUCACACCCAGGAUAACCACCUGGAGAAGUUCUUCACCCUCUGCCACUCCCUGGAGAGCCAGGUGACCUUCCCCAUCCGCGUGCUGGACCAGAAGAUCAGCGAGACGGCGCUGGAGCACGAGCUGAAGCUCAGCAUCAUCUGCCUGAACUCCUCCCGCCUGGAGCCCCUCGUGCUCUUCCUGCACCUGGUGCUGGACAAGCUCUUCCAGCUGUCCGUGCAGCCCAUGGUCAUCGCGGGCCAGACAGCCAACUUCUCCCAGUUUGCCUUUGAGUCGGUGGUGGCCAUCGCCAACAGCCUGCACAACAGCAAGGACCUCAGCAAGGACCAGCAUGGGCGGAACUGCCUGCUGGCCUCCUACGUGCACUACGUCUUCCGCCUCCCAGAGCUGCCCAGGGACUUGCCCAGCACAGGCGGAACCCCUGCCCUGCCCGACCCUCGCUACCACACGUAUGGGCGCACGUCUGCUGCUGCCGUGAGCUCAAAGCUGCUUCAGGCCCGGGUGAUGAGCAGCAGCAACCCAGACCUGGCCGGGACACACUCCGCGGCGGACGAGGAAGUUAAGAACAUCAUGUCUUCAAAGAUUGGUGACCGCAACUGCAACCGGAUGUCGUACUAUUGCUCCGGCAAUAAUGAUGUUCCAAGUUCUCCUGCAGCCCCAAGACCUGCCAGCAAAAAGCAUUUCCACGAGGAGCUUGCCCUGCAGAUGGUGGUCAGCACUGGAAUGGUGAGAGAGACCGUCUUCAAGUACGCCUGGUUCUUCUUUGAGCUUCUGGUGAAAAGCAUGGCGCAGUAUGUGCAUAACCUGGACAAACGGGACAGCUUUCGGAGGACUCGAUUUUCCGACCGUUUCAAAGAUGACAUAACCACUAUUGUUAACGUGGUCACCUCGGAGAUUGCUGCCCUUUUAGUCAAACUUCAGAAGGAAAAUGAGCAGGCGGAGAAGAUCAACAUCAGCCUGGCUUUCUUCUUGUACGACCUUCUCUCGCUCAUGGACCGCGGCUUUGUGUUUAACCUCAUCAGGCAUUACUGCAACCAGCUGUCAGCCAAGCUCAGCAGCCUUCCCACACUCAUUUCCAUGCGGCUGGAGUUCCUGAGAAUCCUCUGUAGUCAUGAGCACUACCUCAGUCUGAACCUCUUCUUCAUGAAUGCUGAUACUGCUCCAACGUCUCCCUGCCCCUCCAUAUCUUCCCAGAACUCAAGCUCCUGCUCCAGUUUCCAGGACCAGAGGAUUGCCAGCAUGUUCGACCUGACCCCGGAGUACCGCCAGCAACACUUUCUCACCGGGCUCCUCUUUACAGAACUGGCUGCUGCCCUGGACGCCGAAGGGGAAGGAAUCAGCAAAGUGCAAAGGAAAGCGGUCAGUGCCAUCCACAGCCUGCUGAGUUCCCAUGACCUGGACCCACGCUGUGUCAAACCAGAGGUGAAGGUCAAAAUCGCUGCCCUCUACCUACCUUUGGUCGGCAUCAUUUUGGAUGCUUUGCCGCAGCUCUAUGACUUCACAGCUGCCGACGCCCGUGGUGGAAAAAGCCGCACCAGUGGCUCAGAUGAAGAACAAGAAGGAGCCGGUGCAAUCAACCAGAGCGUGGCUCUGGCCAUUGCUGGGAAUCAUCUUAACCUGAAGUCAGGUGGAAGCAUGCUGUCGUCUUUGCCCUAUAAGCAGUACAACAUGCUGAGCGCCGACACCACCCGCAACCUCAUGAUUUGCUUCCUCUGGAUCAUGAAGAACGCGGAUCAGAGCCUCAUCAGGAAGUGGAUUGCAGACCUGCCCUCCAUGCAGCUGAACAGAAUUUUAGACCUCCUUUUCAUCUGUGUCUCGUGUUUUGAGUACAAGGGGAAACAGAGUUCUGACAAAGUCAGCACCCAAGUGCUGCAGAAGUCGCGGGACGUCAAGGCCCGGCUGGAAGAGGCUCUGCUCCGCGGCGAGGGGGCCCGAGGGGAGAUGAUGCGGCGCUGCCGGGCUCCAGGGAAUGACCGAUUUCCGGGCCUCAAUGAAAAUUUGAGAUGGAGGAAAGAGCAGACACAUUGGCGGCAAGCUAAUGAGAAGCUAGAUAAAACCAAGGCUGAGUUAGAUCAUGAAGCCCUGCUCAGUGGCAAUCUGGCUACAGAAGCAAAUUUAAUCAUCCUGGAUAUGCAGGAAAACAUUAUCCAGGCGAGCUCGGCUCUGGACUGUAAAGACAACCUGUUGGGAGGUGUCUUGAGGGUCCUGGUGAAUUCCCUGAGCUGUGAUCAAAGCACCACCUACCUGACUCACUGCUUUGCGACACUGCGUGCUCUCAUCGCCAAGUUUGGAGACUUGCUGUUCGAGGAGGAGGUGGAACAGUGUGCGGACCUGUGUCAGCGAGUUCUGCACCACUGCAGCAGCAGCAUGGAUGUCACCCGGAGCCAGGCCUGCGCCACCCUCUACCUCCUCAUGAGGUUCAGUUUCGGAGCCACUAGUAAUUUUGCGAGAGUGAAGAUGCAAGUAACCAUGUCUCUGGCGUCCUUGGUGGGCAAAGCCCCAGACUUCAAUGAGGUGCACCUGAGAAGAUCUCUGAGGACGAUUCUGGCCUACUCAGAAGAGGACGUGGCCAUGCAGGCUACUCCUUUUCCCACCCAGGUGGAGGAACUUCUGUGCAACCUCAAUAGCAUCUUAUAUGACACAGUGAAAAUGAGGGAGUUUCAGGAAGACCCUGAGAUGCUGAUGGACCUCAUGUACAGAAUUGCCAAGAGUUACCAGACGUCUCCUGACCUACGGCUGACCUGGCUCCAGAACAUGGCAGAGAAGCACACCAAGAAGAAAUGCUACACGGAGGCUGCCAUGUGCCUGGUGCACGCGGCCGCGCUCGUGGCCGAGUACCUGAGCAUGCUGGAGGACCACAGCUACCUGCCCGUGGGCAGUGUCAGCUUCCAGAACAUUUCUUCCAAUGUGCUGGAGGAGUCUGCGGUCUCUGAUGACACCCUGUCGCCGGACGAGGACGGGGUGUGCUCCGGCCGGUACUUCACCGAGAGUGGCCUGGUGGGGCUCCUGGAGCAGGCGGCGGAGCUCUUCAGCACGGGAGGCUUGUAUGAGACGGUUAAUGAGGUCUACAAGCUGGUCAUCCCCAUCCUGGAAGCACACCGCGACUUCCGGAAGCUCACCUCCACCCACGACAAGCUGCAGAAGGCCUUCGACAACAUCAUCAGCAAGGAUCAUAAGAGAAUGUUUGGGACCUACUUCCGAGUUGGCUUCUAUGGAUCCAAAUUUGGGGAUUUGGAUGAGCAGGAGUUUGUUUACAAAGAACCUGCAAUUACCAAGCUUCCUGAGAUCUCACAUAGACUAGAGGGAUUUUACAGCCAGUGUUUUGGUGCAGAGUUUGUGGAAGUGAUAAAAGACUCUACUCCUGUGGACAAAACCAAGUUGGAUCCUAACAAGGCCUACAUACAGAUCACCUUUGUGGAGCCCUACUUCGACGAGUAUGAGAUGAAAGACAGGGUCACCCACUUUGAGAAGAACUUCAACCUGCGGCGGUUCAUGUUCACCACCCCCUUCACGCUGGAGGGCCGUCCCCGGGGAGAGCUGCAUGAGCAGUACAGGAGGAACACGGUGCUGACCACCACGCACGCCUUCCCCUACGUCAAGACCCGCAUCCGCGUGGCCCACAAGGAGGAGUUUGUGCUGACCCCAAUUGAAGUGGCCAUUGAAGAUAUGAAGAAGAAGACCCUGCAGCUGGCGGUUGCCACUAACCAGGAGCCCCCUGAUGCAAAGAUGCUGCAGAUGGUACUACAAGGCUCCGUGGGCGCGACCGUGAACCAGGGACCUUUGGAAGUAGCCCAAGUGUUCUUGGCCGAAAUUCCAGCUGACCCAAAACUCUAUCGACAUCACAACAAGUUGAGGUUAUGCUUUAAGGAAUUCAUAAUGCGAUGUGGUGAGGCCGUGGAGAAGAACAAGCGUCUCAUCACGGCAGACCAGAGGGAGUAUCAGCAGGAGCUCAAGAAGAACUACAACAAGCUGAGAGAGAACCUCAGGCCCAUGAUCGAGCGGAAAAUCCCAGAGCUCUACAAGCCAAUUUUCCGAGUUGAGAGUCAAAAGAGGGACUCUUUCCACAGAUCAAGUUUCAGGAAAUGUGAGACCCAGUUGUCACAGGGCAGCUAAGAAAAGCCAUCUUCACUCGUGGAGACUGAGACCUUGAGACGCCUGAGAAGGACUUGCUGGUACUUAAAAAAAAAAAAAAAGACAUUUGCCACCCCGGACUGAAUGCACACUCCCUGACCAGCCUGUGUCCUGAAAGCUCUGGGAUCCAAGGGACCAUGGAAUUACUCCCAAGUGAACUGUGACCAGAUUGGGAACAGUAUAGGGGGUUGGGGUGGGAUGGGGUGGAGGAUGGGUAAUCAGGGGUGACCCUGUAUUUAUUAAAGUGUGGGGUGUUUUUAUUCAGCAUAUUGUACAAAACAAGCAAAAUUAACUUCUGCUCAUGCAGUGACUUCCUCUGGCCUGUACUGGAAUUUGCAGGAUAAACUCAAAUUGCCUGAGGAAAAACAUGGAAGAGUUGUCCACUAUCCUGUUCAGAGUGAACCUCACUCACCCUUUAUGGGAUGGGAGGGUGAGCUUGUAAGGGAGUAAAUCAUUUCCAUGAGUCUGUGAGGGGGAGCCUUACUCAAAAUUUGAAAAUCAUGGUGACUGGAAAUUCAGGACUAGAUGGUUUGUGAAUGUAUUCUCCAUCGGGUCAUGGUGGACUAAUUGUUGUACAGUUAUUUCUGCUGUAUUGUUCCUGUUAUGUUAAUUUAAAAUGCAUUUAUUUGAGGCACACACUCCAAGCACUGAUUUAGGAGAUACACGGUACUCGGGAAAGUCAGCCCAAAGCCUUGUGCACCGCAUUCACUGCAGUGGGAACAGUAAUGCAGAGCUCCGCUUGCUUGCUGACGCUCAUUCUCCUUCCUUGAUCUGCUCUCUGGGCCCACGCUUGUUUUGUUACAGGACGGUAUCUCUGCUUCCAUUUCAGGAUGGAAGUGCUCUCACUCAGCACAUCCGUCAGCUGCAAAACUUACUGAGUUUUGGCUUAUUUUGACAAUGUACCUAAGGAGAAAGAUGAACAAAGUUAUUGAGAAUUAAAUUAUAUAUUUUAAUAUGAUUAAUGAC